AUGAUUUAUUCUACGCAAACCGACCGAAAACUACUUCACGAACAGUAUUUAUUUAUAUAUAUAUAUAUAUAUAUUCGAUGAAACAGAUAAAUUUGCAGCGAUUCAGAUGCAUUGGUUUCAUUUGGUAGAGUAGUUAUGAUGAUGAUGGAAACUGGCUUCAACCACCUGAGAUUCCCAGCAACUGUGCUCUUUUUGCUGCUCUUCCUUCACCUUCACCUUCACCUUCUUCUUGCACUUCCUCUAAAUUCCAUGGUUGCACAUGACCUCAAUCAUGAAAAACAAAAUAGUAAAGAGGCAAUGGAGGUAAAGCAAUUUUCAAUCCCGGAUGAAGCGAUCAAAGUUGUAAAAAAGCGGGGUGGUGGGGCAGCAGCUGGUGCCCACGGUGGAGGAGAACAUGGCAGUGCAGGUAAUGGUGGUGGGGAUAAUGGCAGAGGAUCAGGAGGGCAGAUUCCGGUUUAUGCUGCCGGGGCCGGGAACCAUAACCGUGACCAUCUACACCAUGGGUCUACGAGUGGCACCGUGAACUACAUUGGCACGAGUUGCUUGCCUUUAAUACUGUUUUUGUUUUUUUUUAUUUGUUUGUUGUAUGUAACAUGUAUUUAGUUUGAUUGGUAUUGUUAUUGUUGCAAAUAUAAAAAGAUGUAGGUUUAAGCGUGCUAAGCGAAUUUAUCCUCUUGUUUAAUAGUUAAGAGGGGUUAUAUCUUAUGCAUUGUAUAAAAAAAAUAAUGUGAUGGUUUUUUCUCUAGUUAAUAAAUUAGGUGAAUACUCACAUGUAUUUGUACAAAA